UUCAUGUUGGUCUAUGGUGUUCAUUGUUUUGUUUUUCCCAGCAGGUUUUUACAAUCGACGCCUUAUAUUGUGCGUUACAGGGCGGGGAGCAGUUUAAUGUCUUCUUAUUUUCACUUUGACCCGACAGGCACCUCUCAUCUGAAAACGUAGACGUGUCGAACACGAUGAGAAUUGCCGUCUUUGGAAAAACGGGAGCCGGGAAAAGCAGCCUGGCUAACACCAUAUUUGGAGAAGAUGCGUUCAGGAUCUACCACAAGUUCAAAUCUGGAACAAGAGAAUGUCAGUCAGAAACCAGAUCUGUCAGUGGAAGAAGCAUCACUCUGAUCGACACUCCUGGUCUCUUCGACACAGACAGAUCUGAGGAGGAGAUGAAGCCUGAGAUAGUGAGGUGUAUCACAGAGUGUGCUCCUGGGCCUCAUGCUUUUCUUAUCGUGCUCAAAGUGGAGAAAUUCACAGAGCAGGAGCAGGCUGUCAUCAACAAAAUACAAGAGUACUUCUCUGAGGAAGCUUUCAAUUAUGCCACAGUUCUGUUCACUCAUGGUGACCAGCUCCCUGACGGAGAGACGAUUGAAGAUUCGGUCCGGGUGAGUAAGCCUCUGGAUGACCUGGUGAAGAAGUGUGGAGGACGGUGCCACGUCAUCGACAAUAAAUACUGGAAAAAUGCCCCAAAGCAUGAAUACAGGAGCAACCAGUUCCAGGUGGAGGAGCUGCUCAAGACAUUAGACAAGAUGGUGACGGAAAAUAAUGGAGGCUGCUACACCAAUGAGAUGCUGCAAAAAGUGGAGGAAAUGAUAAAACAAGAGGAGGAGAAUAUUAGACAGUCAUCAGGAAACAUGACGGAGGAAGAGAUCAGAAAGAAGGCUCAGCAUGGUGUUUAUAAAGGUUUAAUCACAUUAACAGGUGUUGGAACAGGUGUUUUCAUGGGAGCUUUUUUUGGCGUAAAGGUGAUGGUUAAAAAAGCUUCAUCAGCUUUAGGGAUUCUGGAAUCAAAGUCAGGAGCAACAUCAUCAGUAGUGGUACCAGGACCAUUAGGAGCAGUGUUAGGAGGUAUUAAAGGAUAUCAUGCAGCUGUGGAAGCAGACACAAUAUGGGAAGCAGCAACAAGGGCAGUAGAGGCCAUCAAGAACCCCUUCACCAAGCCCUGAAUGAAGCCCUGAAUGAAGCCCUGAAUGAAGCCCUGAAUGAAGCCCAAUCUUUAUAGUAAAGUAAAGAAUGUGCAGCGCUUGGGUUAUGUUUAGACAACAGUAACUUUUGAACAAUAUUAAACAGCAUGAAGGUUCAAAAGUAUUUUAUUUAACACAAAGAUGAAAACACACAAUCUGAAUAACAUUUUCUAUAUACUUAUAUAUUUAUAUAUUACCUGUAUAUUCAAUGACAAAUCUGCAUUCUCUCUCUAAUGUGUUCACUGACCUGUGAUAGGUUUAAACUUUAGGCACUUAUUUCUGAUUUACGAGCUGACAUCAGUGUUGGUUUGAUAUGUUAUUUUAAUUGUUCCAUUGCUGAUUUAAAUCAAACCAGUGGACGCUGUUGAGUGUAUUUCUGUCUGCCUUUUGUUGCAAAAACUAACCAGCUGAAGCAGCUUUGUUUCUUUAUGGAUUACAAUGUAUCAUCAAUAUGAACAAUCAAUAAAAUAAAGCCUAUGAAAAAAUGUCA